AUGGCAGAGAUGGAGACACGGGAUGACCCAACUCUGUAUGCCCUAACUGUGGGUGCUCUAACUCUCGCUGGCUCAACUCUGGGUGCCAAGAAGCAGGACGACGAGACGUCAGUUAGAGUUGGUGGCAAAGGCAAGAAGAUGCGCAAGCCGCGCACCAUAUAUUCAAGUCUUCAACUUCAACAGCUCAACAAAAUAUUUCAACGCACUCAGUACCUCUCCCUGCCUGAGCGAGCUGAACUUGCGGCCAAACUUGGUCUAACUCAAACUCAGGUGAGGAACUGCGACGAGAGUCAGUGGCAGGCGAAGCUAAGUCUUGCAGUUUGCAAAAAUGGGAUUUAUUUCUAUUUAUUUAGUUUACUUUUAUUGGAAUAUGAAUUUGUUUAG